ACGUGGUUUCAUUCUUCAUUCCUUCAAAUUCAAUUUUGGAAAGAUUCGCAAGCAUCUUACAACCAGCUCCGAAUUGUGCUUCACUAUUUCCACCUUCACACUUCCCUUCCCCUUCAAGCAUCACAUUCUCAAACCCUAGUGGUAGGAGAUCGAAAGCGUGAUGCUGGGUGUUUUAAGGCGGAAAGCUGCAUCAUCUGCUUCGUUAUGCGUUUUUGGAAUUAGGUGUAUGGGAAAUCAUUGUAUAAUCUCAGGCCUGCAGUAUGUGCACAAUCAACUUUCUCUGCUUCGGAAGAGGAGAUCAUGCACUACACCAGGGUAUUUGCCAACGUCAGAACUUUCUCUCAUAGUCCUCGGGCUGGAAGCAUGGCAACUUUGAUCCCAAAAAGAGAAGUUUUAGCCAGUCUUCAGCAAAAUGUCUGCAUGCAGAUGUGGAGCAGGUCAUUCUCUUCCAGUGGUGAAGGUGAUCUUGUUGAAGCUGUUGUUCCUUAUAUGGGUGAAUCGAUAAGUGAUGGCACAUUAGCAGCCUUCUUGAAAAAACCUGGAGAUAGAGUCGAAAUUGACGAGCCAAUCGCUCAGAUUGAAACUGACAAGGUCACCAUUGAUGUCAAUAGUCCUGAAGCAGGUGUAAUUCAGGAGUUUAUUGCUAAGGAAGGGGACACUGUGGAACCUGGCACCAAGGUUGCUAUCAUAUCAAAAUCCGGGGAAGGUGUUACUCAUGUUGCACCAUCUGAUGAGAAACCACCUCGAAAAACUGCCCCACCACCACCUCCUGCUGAAGAGAAAAAGGAGGAGCCAAGUCCUAAAGUCGAAACCACCCCUGUUACAGAAAGACCUAAAGGAAGUCAUUUCCCUCCUCCCAAAACCUCAGAUACAGAGCUGCAUCUUCCCCCUAAAGAAAGGGAAAGACGUGUGCCUAUGACGAGGCUCAGAAAACGAGUUGCCACACGAUUGAAGGAUUCUCAGAACACAUUUGCAUUGCUGACAACAUUUAAUGAAGUUGAUAUGACUAAUUUGAUGAAACUCCGUUCUGAUUACAAGGAUGCAUUUGUUAAAAAACAUGGAGUGAAGCUGGGAUUAAUGUCGGGAUUUGUAAAAGCGGCUGUCAGUGCUUUACAGAAGCAGCCAAUAGUGAACGCCGUCAUCGACGGAGAUGACAUCAUCUACCGAGACUACAUAGACAUCAGCAUAGCUGUCGGCACCCCCAAGGGCCUCGUCGUACCAGUUCUACGCCAUGCCGAAAAUUUGAAUUUCGCCGAAGUCGAAAAGGAAAUCAACUCUCUUGCUAAGAAAGCCAGUGACGGCACUAUCUCAAUCGAUGAAAUGGCUGGCGGAACUUUUACAAUAUCCAACGGUGGUGUAUAUGGAAGUCUUCUGAGCACCCCCAUUAUCAACCCUCCUCAGUCUGCUAUUUUGGGGAUGCACUCGAUAGUGAGCCGGCCUAUGGUGGUUGGAGGUAAUGUAGUUGCUAGGCCAAUGAUGUAUAUUGCACUGACGUAUGACCAUAGGCUGAUUGACGGGAGAGAGGCGGUUUUCUUUCUGAGACGAAUCAAAGACGUGGUCGAAGAUCCUCGUAGAUUGCUCUUGGAUGUUUGAAUAUACUGCAAGCUUUAUUGGUGCCUUACGAGUUAGUAUUGUAGAUGCUACACCGUGUGAAAUACACACCAGAUAGAAAAUAAUUAUACAUCUACACUUUACACACGUGUAUAUAUGUGUGAAUGCAUAAAUUGAACCCCUGAGUUGACUCAUUCGCCGAGUUUUGGUGGUCGGAAUAAAUGGACAUUAUUGAAAACUUGGUGGUGUUUAUUUAUGUGAACUGAAGCUGCUGGCCGAAUUUGAAACAGUAUCUCCUCAAUCCAUGGAUUAUUUUUAUUUU